AUGAAGUUCUGCCUUGCUAUUGCACUUUUUUCCUGUGCGAUUCUUGUUGAAUUAGGUUCGUCGCUGCCGAUUGAAGAUCCUGCUACUGAUGAUCCUUCAAUCGUUCCUAAGAAAGCUCAACAAUUUAGAAAUCCUGGACCAUUAUCGCAGCCAAUUGACAAUGCUUCUACUGAUGCUCUUCCCAGCCAUGCUGAACAGGCUGAUCAAUUAAAAAAGCCAAGUGGUGAUUCUCUUACUGCUGCUCCUGCCAGCAAUGCUAAACAUACUAAACAAAUGAAAAAGCCAAUUGGCGAUUCUCUGACUGAUGAUCAUGCCAGCGAUGCAAAGAAGGAUGGACAAUCUGGAAAACCAGGACAAUUGGAAAAGCCUGUCCAAUCUGGAAACGCUGUCUCUAUAAAUCAUGAAAAUAAACACAAGCACACCUCACAUAAACAUAAACAGCAUGGCCAUCAUGGAUACACUAAACACGAUGGACAUCAAGAUCGUCACAUACACCAUGGACAUCAUGGGCCAUCUGAUAAAGCACGAAAACCAGUACAAUCAGGAAAACAAGAUCAACCAGCACAACCGCUAACAUCUGCAAAAUCAGGAAAACCAGGGAAAUCAGGUAAACCAGUAGUACCAGAACAAUCAGAACAAUCAAGAAACCCAGUUGAACCAGAUCAAUCGGCACAACCAGGAAACUCAGUACAACCAGAUCAACCAGCACAAUUACCAAAAUCAGCACAAUUACCAAAAUCAGGAAAAUCUGGGCAACCAGGAAAAUCAGGAAAAUCAGGAAAACCCGUAGUACCAGAACAACAAGAACAAUCAGGAAACGCAGUUGAACCAGAUCAAUCGGCAUAUCCAGGAAACCCAGUACAACCAGAUCAACCAGCACAAUUACCAAAAUCAGGCAAAUCUGGGCAACCAGGAAAACCAGGAAAAUCAGGAAAACCCGUAGUACCAGAACAACAAGAACAAUCAGGAAACUCAGUUGAACCAGAUCAAUCGGCACAACCAGGAAACUCAGUACAACCAGAUCAACCAGCACAAUUACCAAAAUCAGGCAAAUCUGGGCAACCAGGAAAAUCAGGAAAACCCGUAGUACCAGAACAACAAGAACAAUCAGGAAACCCAGUUGAACCAGAUCAAUCGGCACAACCAGGAAACUCAGUACAACCAGAUCAACCAGUACAAUUACCAAAAUCAGAAAAAUCUUGGAAACCAGGAAAACCAGGAAAACCAGCAAAAUCAGAAAAACCCGUAGUACCAGAACAACCAGAACAAUCAGAAAACCCUGUUGAACCAGAUCAAUCAGCACAACCAGGAAAUUUAGUACGGCCAGAUCAACCAGCAAAAUUACCAAAAUCAGGAAAAUUUGCACAACCAGGAAAACCAGGAAAAUCAGGAAAACCCGUAGAACCAGAACAACCAGAACAAUCAGGAAACCCAGUAGUACCAGAACAACAAGUACAAUCAGGAAACCCAGCUGAACCAGAUCAAGCACCACAAGCAGGAAACCUAGCAGAACCAGAUGAACCAGAAAAAUCGCAAAAACCAGGAAAAACACUACAAACUAAAAAACCUGGAAACAUUGAAAAGUCUGAAAAAAUUGAAACAACUCCGUUCAAACCAGAAUCAACUGGAAAUUUGCAGUAA